AACGGUUGUGUAAUAUAAUUCAUAUUUUCUUUCUCAUUGAUCUUUUUAACUUUAAGUAGACAAUCCACAAUGGAAGAAAAUAAACCAUUACUGGAUGACUUAAGUAUUUAUUCUAGUUCUUACUUUGACAGUGAUGAGCAGGAUGAGGAAGAAAUGGAAAUUGUUAUUCUGGUUGAGGGAAUGACUUGCCACUCUUGUGUCAAAAGUAUAGAAGGAACAAUUGGAAAAAAGAAUGGUGUAAUAUCUAUUAAGGUUUCCCUUGAAAAUAAAAGGGCUUAUAUUAAGUACAACCCACUUUUCACAUCACCAGAAGAAUUGAGAGAAGCAAUUGAUGACAUGGGUUUCGAUGCUUUUCUCCCGCAAAAAAAGCAGCAUGUUGUGUUCAAAAUUGACAAUUCUAGUUCUGACUUGGAAAACUCUAUUAAAGAUGAAUUUUCCCUCCAAAAUGGCAUCAACUCUGUUGAGGUUUUUUCUGACCCAAUGUUUGCCCAAAUUUCAUACGAUAGUUCAAUAAUAACAGUAGAUCAAUUACAAAGCAAGUUACAGAGUUUGGGUGUUCCAGUAAACAUUGAUAAUAACGCUUAUUCAUGUGAUAUAUCUACUACUAAAAUGAAAUGUAAUUCAUGUGUUAAUAAAAUAACUGGUGUGUUAUUAGGUAAAGAAGGUAUCAAAUCAAUUGUUACAAGUCUUGAAAGACAAAUAGUUUCUAUUAUAUAUCAUCCAUCAAAAGUUGAACCUGAAGAUAUAGCUAAAGAAAUUGCCAGCCUGGGUUUCACAACUCAAGUUUACCAGGUUAAUGGAGAAAAAAUUGAUUCACAAAUGUCUAAAGUUAAAGAAAUCGCUGGUAAUAAUGAUGAGAAAUUACAAAUCGAUGACUUAGCAGACAUUAAAAGGUGUAAGUUACACAUUAAAGGAAUGACAUGUGCCAGUUGUGUUGCAGCAAUUGAAAAACAUUGUCAAAAGGUUAACGGGAUUCAAAGCAUCCUAAUCGCUCUCCUUCCUGCCAAUGCUGAAGUCAAGUAUAAUCCCUCAGUAAUUGACCCACAAAAGAUUGCUGAUUCCAUAACUGAGUUAGGCUUCCCAUCUGAAGUUUUAGAAAAUGGUAACUUGCCAAAUGAAAAAGUUAUUGAAAUAGUGAUUAAUGGGAUGUCAUGCGCAUCGUGUGUAAAUAAAAUUGAAACUGGUGUGAAGAAACUGAAAGGAGUGUAUUCAGCCUGUGUAGCACUUACAACAAAAUUAGGCAAAUUUACUUAUAAUCCAAAUGAAACUGGUCCAAGAAGUAUUUUAGAAGCAAUUGAAGGCAUGGGAUUUAAUGGAAAUAUUAUUUCAAAUAAAGACAAAGAUUCACGAAGAUACUUUGAUCAUAGCGAUGAAAUAAAACGUUGGCGAAAGUCGUUCCUAAUAUCCCUUAUCUUUGGUGGGCCUUGCAUGAUAGUUAUGCUGUAUUUCAUGAUUGAAAUGACAUUCAAACAUAAAGGUCAUGACCAAAUGAUCUAUAUAAUGCCAGGAUUAUCUCUUGAAAAUCUAUUGCUUUUUAGUCUUUCAACCCCUGUGCAGUUUAUCGGUGGAAUGAACAUGCACAAGGCUGCAAUAAGGGCUAUAAAGCAUGGUACAACAAACAUGGAUGUUCUUGUUUCUCUAGCUACAACUAUUGCGUACGUUUAUUCUGUCAUCGUCCUUGCCUUCGCCAUAAUUUUUCAACAUAAACUCAGUCCACAAACUUUCUUUGAUACUCCCCCCAUGCUGUUCGUUUUCAUCACAGCCGGACGUUGGCUGGAAAGUAUUGCCAAAGGAAAAACAUCAGAAGCAUUAUCUAAACUUCUGUCACUAAAACCAACUGAAGCAGUGUUAGUAACUGUCGGUUCUAACAUGGAAGUCCUCAGUGAAAAAAUAAUUUCUGCUGAUUUAGUUCAAUCAGGAGAUAUUUUAAAAGUUUUGCCUGGUACAAAAGUGCCAGCAGAUGGGAAAGUAAUAUUCGGACAAUCUGCAUGUGAUGAAUCGCUGAUAACAGGCGAAUCCAUGCCAGUAGUUAAACAAAAAGGAAAUUUAGUAAUUGGUGGAGCAGUGAAUCAAAACGGGCUUCUUCUCAUUUCUGCGACUCAUACAGGCGAGGCUUCAACUCUUGCACAGAUUGUAAAACUGGUAGAAGAAGCACAAACAAGCAAAGCUCCAAUUCAGCAGUUAGCUGAUAAAAUAGCUGGUUUCUUUGUGCCUUUUGUCUUAUUGUCUUCUUCUUUAACAGCAGUUAUUUGGAUCAUCCUUGGCUACAUCAACAUUAAUUACCUUCAUUUUAGGCCCGAAGAAUUGGAGGGAUUUUCAGAGAGUGAACUAAUCUUCCAAUUUGCAUUUCGCUGCGCUUUAAAUGUUCUUGCAAUUGCUUGUCCUUGUGCUCUUGGACUUGCUACACCAACAGCUGUGAUGGUUGGAACAGGUGUGGGUGCUCUUAAUGGUAUCCUUAUCAAAGGAGCAGUUGCUCUCGAAAAUGCACAUAAGGUUAAAUGUGUUGUUUUUGACAAAACUGGAACAAUAACCCGAGGGAUUCCGUCUGUUUCAAAAAUUUGCUUGUUCAUAUCAGAUGUAGAAUUUUCUAUAGAAAAACUUCUCUGUUUGGUUGGAAUUGCCGAAUCCAACAGCAAGCAUCCAAUAGCUGGAGCCAUCGUUGAAUUUGUUAAAAGCACGAUUGAAUCAGACAUAAAUGGAAAAUCGAAUAGUUUCAAGACUGUAUCAGGUUGUGGUUUAAAAUGUGUUGUCUCUCAUUUUGAGAGUAUGAUGGAAACCGCACGGUCUUCAGAAAAUAUAAAAAAUUACAGAAAUUUACCAGUCAAUGAAAAUUUGAUGCUGAAUGGUGCUCAUGUAGAUCCAGUAUAUAUGAGUGGUAACACAUCGGUAUGUAAUAUACCUGAAGGAAGAUUGCUCAAUAUUCAGCAGCCGGGGGAGUUCCAAGAUUCUUACGAGGUAUUGAUUGGAAACCGAGAUUGGAUGAAACAAAAUAAUGUUAUAAUUUCAUCAGUUUCUGACUAUUUAAUGUCUGUUGAAGAAGAUUUAGGACGUACUGCAGUUCUUUGUGCUGUCAAUGGCGUCAUCACCUCUAUGUGGAGUGUUACUGACACUGUGAAACCAGAAGCACAUUUAGCUGUUUACACAUUAAAGAAGAAAGGGAUCAAUGUUAUUUUAUUGACUGGUGACAAUAAAAAGACUGCUGUUGCAAUCGCAAGACAGGUCGGGAUUCACAGGGUAUUUGCUGAAGUUCUUCCGUCUCAUAAAGUUGCCAAAAUUCAACAGUUGCAAAAUCAAGGAUAUAGAGUCGCUAUGGUUGGCGAUGGAGUAAAUGAUUCUCCGGCUUUGGCCCAGUCUGAUGUCGGAAUUGCUUUCGCCUCAGGAACUGAAAUAGCCGCUGAAGCUGCUAAUGUUGUGUUAAUGAGGAAUGAUUUACUAGAUGUCAUUGCUUGCCUUGAUCUUUCAAAAAAAACUGUCUACAGGAUAAGAGCUAAUUUUAUUUUUGCAAGCGUAUAUAAUAUUGUCGGCAUACCUCUUGCUGCAGGGGCGUUAAGCAGCUUUGGAUUUACAUUAGUCCCUUGGAUGUCUUCCGCUGCUAUGGCUUGUAGCUCAGUGUCAGUGCUGUGUUCUUCCCUUCUACUUAAACUAUACAAAAAGCCAACUGCUGAAUCCUUGAUGACGGCAGAAUAUAGGCAAGCAAUGGCUGCUCAAGAAGAAUUGGAUUCAAUUUCAGUUCAUAGGGGAAUAGAUGGAAUUGAAAAACCAUCAUUUAUGAAUGCCAGCAUGUCCAGCAUCAGCAGGUUCUUCAAUCGCCCGAAAGAAAAUAAAGAAGGGAAACUCCUUGAUAAUAUUAACGAUAAUGAUGAAGAAGUUGACUAUGUGCGAAAUAAAGGUUCUUCAAUCGUCCGAAAGAAAAUAAAGAAGGGAAACUCCUUGAUAAUAUUAACGAUAAUGAAGAAGAAGUUGACUAUGUGCGAAAUAAAGAAUGAAUGAUUUUGGUUCUCACAGGGGAUCUUAUAGAACGAAUAUAAACUGCUCCUAUUCAUCCAAGGAAGCAGUUUCCUGUCAUUUAGGAUGUUUGCUGUCCACUUUAUAUCGGACUGAUCAGCAUCUUAAGGACAAAAACAUAGAUAAAAUUAGUAGUUGUUUUUUUGACCAAGAAAAUGCUAUUCACUCCUGUUACAAAUUGUAUUAUAAAUAUUUUAUUUGUAAAUGUAAUAUUUUAUAUUUGUACAAAAUGAUAACAUAUUUUUAUAUUAAAAAAUAGUAGAAUUUCUUUAUAUUUACACUCUUUUAAUCAUAUUUUUAUAAUGAAAUGUAAUGUAUGAUUUUUCAUUGUAUUUUUAUUUGAUUUUUAAUGAGUACUUAUCACAAAUAACAUUACAUUUUAUAUUAUAUGAUUUAGAACAAAACUCAUUCCAAUGUGCAGUUAAUUUUGUUAUUAAUUUUUUUCAGUUGUAUCAAACUAUUACUUUUGUUUUUAAAUAAAUGUUAUGUUAAUUUUUA